AUGGAUUGUUCUUCAACACACAUGGGUGAGAGUAACGCAUCUGGGGGCAAGAGUCAGACUUUAGUUGAAAAAACGGAUGAACGCCUUUCGCAAUUGGUCUCACGGGUCGAUUUUCAACAAUAUGCGAAGGAACAACGCAAAGUGGAUUAUGAGGCUCUCGAAUCUAUCCCUCCAUUGUCGACCGACGAGAAGUUAUUUGCUACGAAAUAUUUAUGCAAAAACAACGAGGAACUUGAUCUUUUUUUCAACCUCAAAGAAUAUGCGAAAUGGUCAAUGGUUCUCCUCAUUUUAGAGGACCCCUUUUAG